AUGGCGCGCCCGGCCCCUGUGGAGCCCCCGCUGCGGCAUCCCGCGCCCCCCUCGCCGGCCGCGGGCGAGCCCCGCACCUCUGUGGAGGCGGCGGUGGCCCCGCGGAGAGUGCUGUUCGCCGACGAGGCCCUGGGGCUGCCGCUGGCGCAGCUGCGCCGCUACCGACCGUGGGGCGGGCCCGGGGCGGGCAAGAUGGCGGCGGCGGCCGGGCAAGAUGGCGACGGCGGCGGGGCUGACGAGGACGACGAUGGCGAGGAUGGGGAUGAAGGGGAGGAGGAAGAGGAGGCUGGCCCUGCGCCCUCGCCGCUGUGCCCCGUCCCCGCUGGCGGGGGGUUUUACCUGGUGCCCACAUUUUCGCUGCCGCCCGCGCCGGGCCGUCUGGAGCGCUUGGGGCGCGUCAUGGUGGAGCUGGAGGCGCUGCUGCCGCCUCCCGGAGCGGUCCCCGGGGGUGCCGGGGUGUGGGUGCCUGGGGGGCGCCCGCCGGUGCUGCGCGGGUUGGUACGCGUGCUGAACCGCUCCUUCGAGAAGGCGGUGCACGUGCGGGCCUCACACGACGGCUGGGCUUCCUUCUGCGACCACCCAGCGCGCUACGUCCCGCGCAGCCCGCCGGGGGCAGGAGCGGGAGGACCAGGAGCAGGAGAUCCCAUCCUGGAUCCCGGCCUGGGCCUGGGCUUGGGCCCUGGCCAGGCGUCCGCCUCCUCGCCCGACGACGGCGGCCGCACUGACCGCUUUGCCUUCCAGCUGCCCUUUGCUGAGGGCGCGGGCGAUGGGGCGCGCCUGGACUUCGUGGUGCGCUAUGAGACCCCCGAGGGCACUUUCUGGGCCAACAACCAAGGCCGCAACUACACAGUCCUGCUCCGGAUCGCACCCGCUCCCACACCCACUGAUGCCGAAGGGCUGCCCCAGCAGCAGCAGCUGCAGCAGCUGGAGCCACAGCCCGAGUGCCAGGGUCCCGUGGAGGCUGAGGCCAGGCAGCUGAAGAGCUGCAUGAAGCCGGUGAGGCGCAGGCCUACUGAGGAAGAGCUGAGGGUGAAGAGUGCGAAGGACAGCACCCCUUCUAUGGCAGAGCGCCCUAGUGUCCAGGAGUCGGUGGGUCCCCUGGUGGCCCCUACCCCUCUCCGUCCGUGGCCUCAGAUGACGCUUCAGGUUUCUGAAGUUACAGUGACUGGCAAACCCCCAGAGGAAGGUGACGUCCCCAGAAGCAAUCCGCCUGUGGCUUUCACGGAGGUCCCCCAGGCGCCGGCCAUCAGGAUCCUCCCCUCUUCCUCUCUCUGUGGCCUGGGUGGCUCUCCCAGGGACCAGGCCUCGGGGCCUGAUUCAAGUGAGGGGGCAGCCGGGCCUCUCCUGGAACCCAGCCAGCAACAGGUGGAGGCCACGUGGGAAGUAUCGAGAGAGAAUGGAGGGGGCCAGAAGGACUCCGUGGUGGGGGCCGUAAUGGAUGAACCCCCUGGGGGUCUGGAGGUCGUGAGUGGGUUGGAGGAGCUGCUUGGCGAGGACACCAUUGACCAGGAGCUGGAGCAGCUCUACCUGUCCCACCUGAGCCGCCUGCGGGCUUCUGUGGCUGCAGGUGGGGCAGGGGGUGGCGGGGAGGGCCCCACAGAUGGGGGGGUGUCCCCCAGCCAUGCCCUGGGCAUACUCACGGACCGCGACCUGAUCUUGAAGUGGCCUGGCCCCGAGCGGGCCCUGAACAGUGCCCUGGCUGAGGAGAUCACACUGCACUAUGCGCGGCUGGGGCGUGGUGUGGAGCUUAUCAAGGACACUGAGGACCCUGACGAGGAGGGGGAGGGUGAAGAGGGACUCUCUGUUAUACCCUCCAGCCCCGAAGGGGACACCCCCAAGGAAUCGCCUCCGGAAAUCCUCUCGGGGGCCCAUUCUGUGGUAGCCACUAUGGGAGAUGUGUGGCUCCCGUGGGCAGAGGGCUCGGGUUGUGACAGCCCCGUGGUUCUGGGUGCAGAGGGUCAGUUCACUGGGGCUCCAGCAAAGGGGAUGGGCAAGGACACCGACUCUUUGCGUAUAAGUAGGGUGACCGCUGGGGUGACCGGGUCCCCAGGGGGGAAAGAAGGCCGGAUGGAGUUUACCACUGAGUGGGCAGACAGCUUGGUUCCUAUACCUGGUAAGGAGCUAGCUGCUCCAGUCCUACGGGGGCAAAGUCUCACCCUCCUUGGUCCCUCCGGGGCCGAAGUCUGUCCUUCUAGCCUGGCCAGGCCUCACGUGAGCUCCCAGGAUGAAGAGGGUUCAGGCCCAAGCCUUGAGUCCCCAAAGAAGUCUCCCACCUUAGCAGCCCCUGCAGAAUGUGUGUGUGUAUUUCCUCCCCAGCUCCGGGGGCCCUUGACCCAGACUCUGGGGGUCCUGGCUGGGUUGGUGGUGGUCCCUGUGGCUCUGAACAGUGGUAUGUCCCUCCUGGUGCUUGCGCUGUGCCUCUCUCUGGCCUGGUUCUCGUAGAGGCUGCUUGUGGGGGGGGAGCAAUAACAGGCUUCCCCCCCUCUCUGGGGUGUGGGGAGAGGCCGUCCCUACACCACCCCCAGGGGAUUCAGAUAGGAUGUGUGGCCUGUAUAGUGAGGGGUCUUUUGCUUCUGAGAAUGCCCGACUGGAGAGAGACCUUCCGGUCCCUGAGGACUUGUCGGCCCGGGGCUCCCUGCGGUGAUACCAGUGGAGGGGAACAGGGCAUGGUGGACGGUGUGAGAUGAUUUUCAGAGAGGAACUGGGCAUGUCCUCCCUUUCCCCUCCCCCCCCCCCAAGCCUGUAUUUAUUUUUGUAUAAUUCUCUGGAUGAGGGAGAGUGGUCGUGAGCUGGUCUUGGGGCACAAUUACCCAGAGAUAUAUUUAUUAACAGCCAACCUGUGCAACCUGCUGGAGCUUUAUUUUUAAUUUAAUUUAUAUAGAGUACCUAUUAUUAUAUGCCACAAUAGAGCUCUAUGAGAAAUGAUCUGUCUUGCUGUACAGUGUUCUCCUGUUUGGGCCUGAGUGUGUGGGGUGGUCAUGUUCUGUGGGAGGGGCAGGGUGGGGAGUUGGGCGUGGGACACGUUCAUGCCUGCUGCCGCGGCUUCAGUGUGUCACCUCACCUUAUGGUCCUACCCCGUGUGGUCUGGUGGUCUUUGGAGGGGUGGCUCCUUUCGGUAUUUUCUAUAUUCUGCCAGGGAGGGAGGAAGAAUGAUUGAUUGCCAUAUGAGGGUUUGGUGUCCAACACGUGGCCGCAGCGGUGGAUGUAGUCAGCUGUAGAUGUGGGAAUACUGGCUGUGAAUCAGCCACAAGGUUUUGAGGUUCCUGAAAAAAAAAAAAAGCCAAUGACACCAGGAGGGAGAC